GCUAUAUCCGGUCGGGCAUGCGCAUUUAUAACUGAAAAAUCAUAACAAGGUAGUAUUCUGUGACGCAUAAUAAUUUCGACAAAAUGCCUCUUUUUGCGAAUUCUACGCCGUUUGACGCAGAUGUUGAGAAAGCCACUAGCGAAUUGAACACAGUAGAAGACUGGGCACUUAUUAUGGACAUCUGUGAUAAGGUUAAAAUAAACAAUGGGUCCAAAGAUUGUUUGCGCUCCAUUGUGAAGCGUUUGAAUCACAGAGUGCCAUUUGUGGCUAUGCAAGCAUGUGUGUUGCUGCAUGCCUGUGUGAACAACUGUGGCCGAGAAUUCCAUCUAGAAAUCUGCUCCAGAGAUUUUAUAUCCGAGUGUAAAACACUGAUAAACCAGAAAGCACAUCCGCGUGUGUCACAGAAGCUGAAGUUCUUGGUAAAGACAUGGGCAGAGAUGAAGGAGUUUAAGGAGGACUCAGCCCUCAUGUUGAUACCCCAGCUAUACGAGAGCAUGAAAAAGGAAGGGGUAGAUUGCUCCAACCCAGAUUCAGCGGUAAAGCAGCCUGUGACAUUGAGUAAGGACCCCAAUGUGGCCCAGUCACAGCAGGAGGAGGAUGACCUUGCAAAAGCGAUUGCCCUGUCACUUCAAGAAGAUAAGCACUCAACCCAACACAAAACCUCUGCUGGGUUGUACCCCAUGACCUUUGGGGGCGGAGCUUCAUCAGGGGCCACUGCCAGUCCCCGGGUCAGGGAGGUCAGAAAGGUGCGGGCCCUGUAUGAUUUUGAGGCAGUGGAGGACAAUGAGCUGACAUUCAAAGCAGGGGAGCUAAUCAGUGUCCUAGACGACAGUGACCCCAAUUGGUGGAAGGGGUUCAACCAGCGAGGUGAGGGGCUGUUCCCUGCCAACUUUGUCACAGCAGAUCUGACAGUGGAACCAGAGGAACCAAAGAAGAAGGUAGACUUUAAGGAGGAGGUGGAGGUGAAGUCGUUUGAGCCAGACCAGGUCGAGAUUGAUGAGGAGAAGAUAGACCAUGUUCUACAACUCAUACAGAAUGCCGACCCCACAGGGGAGACUAAUCCUGACAGUUCGGAGAUGGUACAGCUGGAGGAGCAGUGCAAGGUUAUGGGACCAUUGAUAGACGCUGAACUGGAGAAAAUAGACAGGAAGCAUGCAGACCUGUGUGGUAUCAACACGAAGGUACUGGAGGCCCUACAGAUGUACCACAGUCUGAUGAAGGAGACCCCUCUACCCUUCAAGUACACCACCUACAGCAGCCCUGCUAUGGGAAUGACCCCGGGACCACCAGGACCCUCAGCGCAGCACUUCAACGGUUCAAUCUAUAUGCCUCAAGGUGGUCAAAUGAUGCCAGGUCAGAUGCCGCCUAUGACGCAGGGUCAGAUGCCGCCUAUGACGCAGGGUCAGAUGCCACCCAUGUCCCAAGUUCAAAUGCCACCCAUGUCCCAAGGUCAGAUGCCUCAAAUGUCCCAAGGUCAAAUGCCGUUGAUGUCACAAGGCAGUGGAAUGAGUCAUGGACAUGUACAGACUUACACUUCUCCGUCUAGUCAGAACUACAAUAACAAUGCACCAUCUGCCGGGCAGCCACCUUAUAACACAGCCCCGCAACAGCCACAUUUGCCACAAAAUAUAGUUCCUUCACAACAGAAUAUUAAUACACCAGUGAACAUGAGAAUGGCUCCCAGCUCCACACAGCAGUACAUGCCACAAUCUGGGCCGGUACCCAACAUGGACUAUAGUGGGGCCCCACAGGGGUUGCGUGACUAUACUGGGGGUGCACAAGGGGUGCAUGCAAUGUACCAGCAGGCUAUACCCCAACAGCACUUGUUGUGAAAAUGUGAAAUAAAGUGCGUGUGUGUGAAGGAGUGUGAUACAUGUGGGAACAGACAAUGAAUAUGUAUUUAUCACUUUCAAUGAGUUAAGUUAAGUGAGGGGAAAGAUUUAGAAUUGAAAAAAGUAAAAUUUGCUGUAGUUAUAGGUCAUGUUCAAAAGGUAAUAUUGUUUAAAAAAUAACUUGAUUCAAUCCAGAAGAAGAUUGUGCAAACAACACAAAACAAAGUAUAUAAAACUGCUUUAUAAAGUGUAUAGGCCAGCUCAAAGGUUCAUUAGUUUGGGCAAAACAAGAGCAGGUUGGAGCUGCUUGCUAUUUGAAUCUGUUGACCAUUAUUGAACUUGCAAUGUACAGGUAUAAGAGAAUACCUUGGUUCAUGUAUUUAGAAUCGUUGUAUGCAUUAUCCCAUAUGACCAUGAAAAUGCCAUUAUGAAAAGUGACAUAUUAAUAUAUUCAGCAAUGAACAUGUGCUUUAUUAAGAUAAAUACUUAACAUUAUGUAGGAAAAGAUCUAGGAUUGCAAAAGGUACAGGCUGCUACUCAAACAGGACAUGGAGGAAAACCAAUAAAUCUUGUGAUAUUAUCAAAUAAUUAAAAGAAAAUUUGGAAGUUCUUUGUCCAACACAUGUAUUUAUGAUUUUAAGCAUAGUCUUUUUAUCAACAUGUUUGAAAAAGCUCAUUAAAUUUUAACAGAUUUCCACAAUCUUGGUAUUAAUUUGCCUUGAGGGACAGAAGAGGCAAACCAAAUUGGAGCACUGUGCUAUUUUGACCAGAUAUUUCCCUAAUGCAUGAUAUUAAUUUUAAUAUUUUCUUUUAUAGCUAAGUAAAUAAUUGUCAAGUUAUUCUGAUCAGUCUACCCCUUGUUUAUUUUAUUUUUUGUAGACCGAACGGCCUGUUCUCAAAUGACUCUAUGGCAGUAGACCUUCUGGUUAUAUACAAAUUAAUAAUUUUGAUUAAAUUUGUUUAUUUAAAAAAUCAAAUACUUGUAUAAACAAUAAUAUUGCAAACUUUAAAAAAACAAAAUUUAUAGACUACCACUUUUGUCAAGUUCCGUUGUUGUUUUUUUCAAUAUUAUUUUAAAGUUUAAACAAUGCAUAUUUGUAUUUGCAUAUAGUUUUACUUACUUGCUUCAGAGACGUUUGAACUUUAAGGUCAAUAAAGUUAAAAAUAAAAUUAUAUAAACUGUUUUUUAAAUAUUCGUCCUAUGUAAUAUUUUUCAAUAGUACAUGUUAGGUGUUGUUUUUGAUCCCCUCAGAAUUUUUGCAGAAAUACAGUGUGUUGAACUGUUAUGUGUCCUAAAGUUCUUGGUUAAUUUUGUAAGUUUGAUAAACAGGACCAAAAUUCCUCCGUGAAAACUAAAGAAAAUGAUACACUAUUAAAAUAUAUAUAUAUGUAAAAGAAGAUCUAUUUUUGGCUUCCUUUAAAAGCUAAUUUUGUGUUUAAUGGUAUAAGCCUGUAAAGAACCAACAGUUUUCUCACGUUUAUUCCCAAAUCAUCUACAGAUGCUGGAAGGCAUAAAGCAUUGCCCUGUCAGUUCAUUCGUUUGUUUGUUCUUCCAUACAUGCGAGUUUAACUUUAAAAAUGUUUCCUACAAAGCUUUGAUACUUGAAGUGAUGUUAUAUGUAUACUCUCAAAACACCCACAUAUUACCUUACCACAUUUUGACCAUGACAUUUAUUGAGUUCAAUUUAACUUAUUAGGCAAUGGGAAAACAGCAUUAAAAAAAACGGGCAAGUAAUUUUAUAUUGAUAUUGUACACACCUGAUUUCUUGUAUUGUUCUUGUUUAUCAGCUGGGUUUCAUGCAUGUAAUUGAAUGGUAAGGGUUGAAGCAUUGUGAUAAAAAGAGAUGUUGUACAAUAUUGUUAUUGCUAAAGGAACAUGUCCAUAGUUUCCAUUGUAAAAUGAUGUAUCUUGCAUAUAAAUAUUUCAUAGAGUAAGCAAGUUGUCUGCGCUUAUUUCACUUUUAGUUUAUGUAAAUAUGAAAAAUACUUAAAGGUAGUUACCCGUACUUCUCGUUUGUUGUGUCCAUUGUUUUUUUGAACCCUUUCCCACUCACUAUCUAAGGUUUGGAAAUAUAGCCUUUACAAUGUGAAUCUAUUAAGAAAGGUCUUUUAUCCCAUCAUCAGACGUGCAUUGUCGAAAUAAACCACUGUGGAAUAAAUUUUCCUCUAUUUCGUCAGUUCUGAAAUAUAGCUGUCACGCGUGGCGGAGAAUGGUCAUAUUACUCAGAAUCAACUAUAAAGUAAUCAUUUUUAGUAAAAUCGAAUCAGAUUCAACAAAACAAACAAUUUGAUACCACGAUGUAAUAUAUUUGUAACAAAUAAUGCAACUCAAAAAGCAAAAAAACAUUAUUUACAAAUAUUAAGUGCGCGUACUAGUGACGUCAUUAUUAACACGUCAUACGACACAAUGCAUGUUCUUUCACGCCAAAGCUGCAGUUGUUCAGUGUUUUUUUUCAUUAUUUCUUAAAAAUCGGGGACGUAGAGGUAUGAUAAACAGAAAAGCAGAUUAGUUACUGAUCUUUUUGUAAUGUAUUAGGCUCGGCACGAUUAAAAUAAUGAACUAAUGUUUGCUUAAAAUAACUUUGGGAUUUUCCGUGUAGUUCGAUUUUCCUAUUCUAUUUUUAAAGAAAUAAUUUAUGACUAAGAAAAUUGAUGGGAUAAAUCGAAUACUAGGUCGGUGCCGAAUAAAGCAAAGUUUAUUUUGCUCGGCACGAAAAUCUGAACCACUCGCCAAGGCUCGUGGUUCAGAUUUUCUAAGCCUCGCAAAAUAAACUUUGCUUUAUUCGGCACCGACCUAGUAUUCUCUAUUAAUCAAAGAAAAUUUUCCGAGGGACUACAAAUGCGUCAAAAUAUGUAUGUAAGUGAGAAAUUGCUUCAACUGUUAACUAGUCCUGUUUUGUUUCCACUUGACACCUAGAAUGUUUAUAACUGCUUUCAAAUGGUAAUAUUUUAACAAUAACUUUGCAACUUGAAUCAAAUGUGUUUAACUAGUUAAGUUUGUUUUCUUAAUUUGUGUUUAAUUGACUGAUUUUUAUUGAUAGAACAUGAUUGGUUUGUAGAUUGAUGUUAAAUUAUUAUCCCCCGCCAUAGGCGGAGGAAUAUUGUUUUGGUGUUGUCCGUCCGUCUUUCCGUCCGUCCGGAGCCAUAUCUUGGAAGUGCUUUGGCGGAUUUCAUUUAAAAACUUGGUAUGAGUAUAUAUAUGGAUGCACGCCAAAUGGCAUUGUACACCAUCUGUUAAUAAAGGAGUUAUGGCCCUUGGUAUCUUGAAAAAAUGCUUUUUUGAGUGUCAAAUAUAACACUUUUGUGUCCAGAAGCAUAUUGGCAGGGGAUAUCAAUUCAACAAAUGUGCUUGUUUGUUUUGAAUGCAAAUCAUUCCAUGCAUUACAAACAAUGGAAAAAAGUUGUUCCAGGUAGUCUUGUUAAAUAAACAUUAAAUACCACAGAGUUGUAUUGGUAUAUGAGUUGCGUUCUGAGAAAACUGGGCAUAAUGCAUAUUCGUAAAGUGUCAUCCCAGAUUAGCCUGUGCAGUCUGCACAGGCUAAUCAGGGAUGACACUUUCCUUUUUUUUAAUGACAUUUUUCGUUUAAAUGAAGUCUCUUAGCAAAAAUCCAAUUUAGGCGGAAAUUGUCGUCCCUGAUUAGCCUGUGCGGACUGCACAGGCUAAUCUGGUUCAACAUACAUGCAUUAUGCCCAGUUUUCUCACAACGCGACUCAUAUGAUAACUAAAAUAACUAUUGGACAUAUCUACAAAUGAAGCAAUAAUGGAUCUGUUUUGUAAAAUCUGUUUUAGAAACAGUAACAUGUAGUACAAUUAACCAAGACUGUUUCUAUCAUUCUAUUUUCUUAUCUACGGAGUGUGUAAGUUUUCUGUGAACCUUUAUUUUUACAGGUAUUUGUGAAGUGCUUAGUUAUUGUUUGAACAAUGUCAUUGCAUAAAUUGCAGAUAUUUUUCCAUAGACAAAGAAAAAAAUGGUUAUUGAAAACUUCCCAUGAAAGAAGCAAAAACGCAUCUAAGAUUCUUCAUGUUUUUUCAGUUUAAAUCAUAAGUAGUAGUCACUUUGGUUUUUCAAUGAAUGGUAGUAAUGGCAAAAAACCCACAUUUUGAGUUAGCGCAGGAAGGAAUCCAAAUCUAUCUUUUAAUCGGCACUGUUUUUUCUUAAUUUUCAAUGAUUUACAGUUUUGAUGUGGAGAAGUUUAACACAGUGAGCAUAUAUUUUAUUUCUUUAACUCUGCUUUCUGGUAAAGUGAGUUUGCUGCAAUUUUUAACCAGGUUUUCCGAAGGAAAAAACUGGUUAUUAGAUUGGCGAAUGCGGGCGGGCUGGCUGGCUGGCGGGCUGGCGGAAUAAGCUUGUCCGGGCCAUAACUAUGUUGUUCAUUGUCAGAUUUUAAAAUCAUUUGGCACAUUUGUUCACCAUCAUUGGACGGUGUGUCGCGCGAAAUAAUUACGUCGAUAUCUCCAAGGUCAAGGUCACACUUUGAGUUCAAAGGUCAAAAUGGCCAUAAAUUAGCUUGUCCGAGCCAUAACUAUGUCGUUCAUCGUCAGAUUUUAAAAUCAUUUGGCACAUUUGUUCACCAUCAUUGAACGGUGUGUCGCGCGAAAUAAUUACGUCGAUAUCUCCAAGGUCAAGGUCACACUUUGAGUUCAAAGGUCAAAAAUGGCCAUAAAUGAGCUUGUCCUGGCCAUAACUAUGUCAUUCAUUGUGAGAUUUAGAAUCAUUUGGCACAUUUGUUCACCAUCAUGGGACGGUGUGUCCCACGAAAGAAUCACGUCAAUAUCUCCAAUGUCAAGGUCGCCACGACUAAAAAUAGAUUUAAAAAAAAAAAAAACUUACAAAGGGGGUUAAUUUUUUUUGGUCAUUUCAAAAGUUCAGUUUGAGUUUUCUCCCUUUAUCAGAUUUUUUUUUCACAAUGAAAACCUGGUUUUGUGACAAUUUUGUCCCUUGUCAAGUAUUGAUUUGAUAAUGCUUAAAUUGAUUUUAAGAAAUGUCAUCAUUUUAAUGUAACUUCUAUUGCAUAGUUUGUGUUUAAAUGGUUGCAUGUUUACAAGGUCAUGCACUUUAAAAGACUGAACAAUGUUUAUUUGUUUAACAAAUAUUGUGUGUCAAAUAUGUUAAACUUGAACAUACAUUCUUAGAUUGAUACUAGUGUUCAUAUUAUUGAGCGUUAAUUUCAUCAUUUGUAAAUAAAGAAUUAAUAACAAUUAAAAGUCACCAAUAUUUAUUUCAAAUGUGUUUAUAAUCAAAAUUUCAAAUAUGAUUGUUAAACGUUUUUUAUCGUGAUUAUUAAAAACCUUUUUAUAUUAGGUACGAAUUGUUUGCAAUCCACCCUAUUUUCAACAUUUAUUUGUUUUGCAAUAUCAUUAUGUGCCCACAGUCACAUUUUCUUACUAGAACGAAAUGAGUUUGUGAUCAUCUCCCCAGAAUAUCAGUUAACUAUGCUUGUAUCAUAUGUGUGAAAGAUGUUAUAUUCUUUAUAUAUUCUGAUUGUUAUUGUAUGUAAAGCAUUAUGUGUUAUUGUAUAUUUUGCAUUGAUUAAUAUUUAUAAUGUACAUCUCAAAGGAAUAAAACGUAGAAAAUUAA